AGAGGAUAGUUAAGGCUGCCCUCCUGAUGCUGCUGCUCAGUUGGACUCACACAGUUCAACAAGUCCUAAGCAGCUGCGACUUGGCGCUUUCACCUCAGAGUUCACUCAAAGAGCUGCUAAGACUUUAAGAAGUUGCGUCAAAUGAUCCAAAGUUCAGAUAUCUCGGAAUCUUAAAGCUGAUUACGUCUCUACAAACGCUGCAAGAGCAGGACCUUUUUAUUUCUAACCAGUUUUCUAAGUUUUUCCUGUUUAAAAAAACUUGUUUUGAACCAUUUGUUGGGAUUUGAUCUCACUGGAACUUUUCACUUCAUUUGUUUGCAUUUUGGAAAGAUUCCACUAUCCGAUGCUGGAAAAAAACAAACAUUCUCUGCAUUUUUAAACCUUCUUGAAGAAAGAGCAGAGGCUCUAAAAGCACAAAGCCAUGGCUUUUGCAGACCUCCUGGAGCAGGUUGGAAGCACAGGACGUUUUCAGGUCCUACAUGUGACUCUCCUUUCUAUUCCCAUCCUGAUGAUGGCUAGUCACAACCUCCUGCAGAACUUUGUGGCCUUGGUGCCCCCUCACCACUGCAGUGCGCACACCAACUUGUCGUGGUUCCAGCUGAGUCCAGAGGAAACGUUGCAGAUCUCCGUACCACUGGAUCCAGCGGGGCGACCACAGAGAUGCCAGCGAUACGUGACUCCACAGUGGCACCUCCUGAAUUACAAUGGGAGCUCAGCUGAGGAGGGUUCGGAUGGUGUCCUGCAGGAAUGCAUGGACGGCUGGUCCUAUAACCUGACUGUGAUGACCUCCACCAUCAUAUCUGAUUGGGAUUUAGUGUGCGACCUGCGCUCUCUAAAGGAAAUGGCACAAACAGUUUACAUGGGCGGUGUGCUCGCGGGGGCUCUCAUCUUUGGAAGCCUCUCAGACAGAUUUGGGCGCCGUAACCUCCUGCUCAUUUCUUAUCUCCUCAUGGCCGUUUCAGGAACGUGCACGGCUUUCUCAUCCACCUUCUCCCUCUUCUGUUUGUUCCGGUUUGGUUGUGGCAUGGCUCUGUCUGGCCUGGUGCUCAACUCCUUUUCUCUCAUUGUGGAGUGGAUCCCGACGCGUGUGCGUACUGUCACCGGGACGAUGACCGGUUACUGUUACACGGUGGGACAGCUGAUCCUGGCAGCCGUUGCCUACUUCAUCAGGGACUGGAGGUGGUUGACUCUGGCGGUGUCGCUGCCCUUCUACGCCUUUUUCCUCUUCUCAUGGUGGUUUCAUGAAUCUUCAAGAUGGCUAGCCCUAAAGAACAAACCUGAAGAAGCUGUGGAGGUCCUGAAAAGCGUCGCCAGGUUCAACGGACGCCAAGAAGAAGGAGAAAAGAUUGAUGUCAAAAUGUUACAGGAGUCCAUGAAAAAAGAGAUGUCCAACGUCCAAGGCUCAUACUCCGUCCUGGAUCUGUUCCGCACUCCCAAAAUGCGGAUCAUGACCAUCUGCCUCAGUGUUGUCUGGCUGUCAACCAGCUUCGCGUACUACGGCCUUGCUAUGGAUCUUCAAAAGUUUGGUGUGGACAUCUACCUGAUCCAGGUGAUCUUUGGAGCGGUCGACAUCCCCGCUAAAGUCGUCAUCACCGUGUGCAUGAGUUAUGUUGGGCGUCGUCCAUCCCAGAGCGGAGCCCUCGUUAUCGCAGGGAUCACCAUUCUUAUCAACAUACUGGUUCCUUACGAUAAGCAGACCAUAAGGACCUGCCUGGCUGUGGUGGGUAAAGGUUGUCUUGCUGCAUCCUUUAACUGCUGUUACCUUUACUCAGGAGAGCUGUACCCAACCAUCCUCCGUCAGAACGGGAUGGGCUGGGUGUCCAUGAUGGCCCGUGUUGGAGCCAUGGUUGCCCCCAUGGUGCUUCUCACCGGGGACCACGUACCUUGGCUGCCAGGUCUGAUCUAUGGGGGAGCUCCGAUCCUCUCUGGCAUAGCUGCAAUAUUCCUACCAGAAACACUCGGCAUGCAUCUCCCCGACACAGUGCAAGACGUGGAGGAGUGGGGUUCUGACCAAAGCUCCAAAAUGUCUCCAAAGGAAGGGAUGAUCCUCCAGGACACUCAGCUGAAUCUCCUCAAACAGGCUUCCUGAGGAGCUCCUGCAGAAUCUGCUGAAGUGUUCAGGAAAAUAAAGCGGGGCAUUCGUUCCCCUCACCUGUAUAUUUGAUUUCCACACAGUUUGUUUCCUCUCAUCACAGUUAGAAAAGUGGAGCGACGAUAUUGUUUUUAUGAAAGGUCAGAAAAAUAAAGCAAAGACUGCAGAAGAUCAGAUAUACGACGUGCUUGUUGGUGAUGGGGCAGCCUUCAGACUUAAGGGUUAACUUUGCAGUAAAUAUGUUUUAUAGUUCAAGUGUCUUUAUAGAAUCCUCUAGUUGGAGCCGUUAUGAAGAACGAUGUUUUUUAUGUUUGCUGUGUUCUCUUUAUGUGCAAAUGUGUCUUUAUGGAGAGCAAAUGUUUUCAUUAAAAUGAAACAUGUGAAUGUUCAA